AUGGAAGAAAACAAUAGGGAACAGUUGGAACGUAUUAACCAGAUGGGUCAUGCGAAUGAACCCUCGGGGAGUCCCUCGGAGGAACUUGUUGGCCAUAAUAGGGAUCAGUCAUUACCUAAAGGUAGUGAUGGUACCGCCGAGAAUAUGGCUGAUGAAGAAUUGGCAGAGGAGUUUGAUGUAUUUAGAAAUGUUGGACAGGGUCUCUCUGGUCAUUAUAGAGAGAUUAUGAUCCAAUAUUGGCAAGAAUUGAUCAAUGAGAUCGAACAAACAAAUGAACCGGGGUCUACACACAGAGAUGAUUUCAAAUCACAUUCAUUACCGUUUGCAAGGAUCAGAAAAGUGAUGAAAACCGAUGAAGAGGUUAGAAUGAUUAGUGCAGAGGCUCCUAUUAUUUUUGCUAAAGCUUGUGAAAUCUUUAUUACGGAGUUAACCAUGCGUGCUUGGUGUAUAUCUGAAAAGAAUAAAAGACGUACAUUACAGAAAGCAGAUAUUGCGGAGGCAUUGAAACAGAGUGAUAUGUUUGAUUUCCUCAUUGAUAUUGUCCCCAGGAUCGGUGCCACGCCUGGUGGAACAACUACAACUACAACUACAACCACAGCGACUGCAGAUACCACAACAGGUAACCUCACUACCGAAUAA